GUAUUGUAAUACAGCAGAACACAACAGGAAAUUUAGCUCUACAGUAUCACCACAAAAGAUUCUAUCUAUUAUACUAAAAUAGCCUCUUGUACCAACAACCUGCAUAGUGGACUAUAUAUCAGGGAAGAAGCUCAAAAAAUUAUGCACACUGACAUAAGAAACAACUGCUAAAGAUUAUUCUAGACUCAGCAAAGUGGAGAUACAGUAAUAAUGAGCCUUUUCUUAUUUGAUGUGGAUUGUUUUCAACUUUACUUGAUGAUUGAAAUACUACUAUACUAAAUGAAACUUUUUGUCUUUCGAACACUUGAAGAAUGUCGAAUGGAGUAGAUGAUCCACAGUCUGAAACAUGGAGGAAAUUGUUUUCCUUGGUUUUUACAGUCCUUAUUUUUAAUUGUAGAUGAAAAAUUUAUAUUUUACAAUUAUGAGUUGCAAGUGAAACAGACACAAUGUGUAACUGUGUUUACAUCUUGUAUAGUUUGAUUUCAUUAUCUUUACAUACAUUUGCUCAGGUUGAGUUUGUUACUAAGCCACCAAGAGAAGUGAGGACUUUUCCAAGACAGACUGUAACACUGCCAUGUAUUCUUAGGAACCUAAAUAAAUCUCAACACACAGUUCAAUGGGCUCAGAUUGAGGUUAUUAAUAGCAGUGAAUCGCAGAAAAAUAUUUCAAAAAACAGAGAGGUCCUCAUUCGUAAUCUUAAAAACUUUGGUCAACAAUUCUCAAUCCUUGGUGAUGGAAUGAACUUUACUCUUCUCAUCAUUAUUCCAACAAAUAGAUCAAUUGAUUUUGGAAAAUUUUCGACUGUUAGUACAUUUUAUAGGUGUUCUGUAGUUACACAGAUAAAUGAUAUUCAAAAAUCAACCUCAAAUAUCAUUAUACAUAAAUCGACAAUUCAAACUCCAAUUUGUGGAACUACUGAUACUUAUAUAAUAGGAGAAACAUUGAGAAUACAGUGCACAAAUUUGUCAAAGCCUACCAUUUUAGUAUCUUUAAAAGCUGGAAAAACACAAAUCCUGCCUUUUGAAAAUUGUAGAGAUUCCUAUAUAUUUUACUACUUAACAUUAACAAAAGAGGAUCACAAUGCAAUAUUUGUAUGUGAAUCAAGAAGAAAUGGAACAAAUGAGGUACAAAGCUGCUCAAUGGGACCCAUCACUGUCAACUAUAAACCUGAGAUUAACAUCACACAAGUAUCUCCAAUGGAAUUCCACUGUACAGCAGAAGCUAGGCCUCCUGUGAAUGUAACACACUGGAUUGUGGACUCCAGUCUUCCAAAGGAAAGUUUCACAAUUUCAAACAGUGUUUUAAAAUUUAAUCAUUCAAUAAAAAUUGAUUCUGAAAUAAAAAUAUCAUGUGAAGCAGAAAAUUCUAUCGGAAAAGGAAUUAAAACUUUCAUCAUUGCAGUUGUAAACAAUCGGAGAAUUCCGGUUGUUGUCAUUGUAGUACUCUGUGUUGUGGUUGUAUUUGUGACAACGAUUCUUUCAUUCUUGAGACGAAAAAAAAACCAACGUAAACAAAAAUCAAAGAGACAUACAAAUUCUGAUACAUUUGCAAGCCAUGAUGAUCAACAGGUCACUGAAUUCCAUGCCGAUCAUCAGGAAAAGGAAAAUGAAAUCUAUAUUGCUGGCGACAGGUUUAGCGAUGAUGGGACGAAUACAUCCAAUCAGAAACUGACAUAUAAAAAACUUGAGAAUUUUGAUGAAUACAAAGAAAAUGAAAUAUAUGAAGGAGCUAAUAUGAACACAGAAAGUGAGAGAAAAGUUAUGAAAGAUAAAUAUGAUUAUGCUCAAGUGAAUAAACCUGAUUAUAAAGAGUGUGAAAAUGAAAUCUAUCAAGGUCCUGAAUAAUGUGAGUUUCAAUUGGUCUCAUGAUCGAAUACUAAUUAAACUGAUAGCCCUCAUGCUCAUAUCCUGGACAAAUAGCAAUAAGAAAAUUUACACAAGAUAAAAAAAAUUAUUAGAAUUUAUGAAUGGAUAUAGUAGGAAAGUAGGGACCUAGGAUGUCAAAAAUGGAACGAAAUAGUGUAAAGAAAGCCUUUUAAUGCAAAUGGUAAAAUGGAUUCUAUUUUAUGAGGGAUUCUCCUUUGAAGUGCGGGUAAAUGACCUUUGUUUUACACUUUAGGUUCAGAAAAAUACUUGGAAAUCAUUUGUAAUUCUUUGAUGUAAUAUUACUUGUAAUUAUUUAUGAUUUAAUUAGCUAGUAGUUAACAUUUAAUUAUCUCAAGUUGUUCUGGAAGUACCCCUUUGAAAAAUAAAAAUAAUCUACAUUUUCUACUUUAAGGUUCCUUCUUUUUUAUUUAGUUGAUUAGGCAGACACUAUACGAACUUAAUUCAAUGAAGACCCAUGAAAACACUGGUCUAUCAUACACUUUAACACAAUAUGUACCUUUCUACAUGGAAUGGAUGUCAUUUUUGGUUUUUUUUUUCAAUUUGAAAAGGCCUGAAUAGCUUAAAGCCAUGCUCUAAAAAAACCCCUAUUUUUUUAUAUGCUGUUUGUUUCUAAGAUACGAUAAGUGUAUUUGACGAAAAAUAUUUUUUUCCAAUAUAUAAAA